AUAACAGUUUGUUCGCAUUAGGGUCCAUUGUAAAAAUGGCCAAAGAAAAUGUUGAUUAUCAAAAACUACAAAUCGAAUUAGAACAACAAGAACUUGAGUCUGCAGGAGGAGGGACAUCACCUCAGGUGUAUAAUCAGCUGUUAGCCUUGUAUCUUCUUCACAAUGACAUGUGCAAUGCAAAAUUCUUAUGGAAAAGAAUACCUCAGUCAGUUAAGAGUUCAAAUUCUGAAACAGGUCAUAUCUGGGCAGUUGGACAGAAACUGUGGUUGAGAGAUUACCCAGCAAUCUACGAAGCAUUAAAGAGAGAAUGGUCAGAAAGUGUUCUACAAAUAAUGGAGGCAGUGAAAGCUGCCACAAGAGAAAGGGCCAUGAGACUAGUAUCUAAAGCCUACAGUUCCAUCAAUGCCGAGGAGUGGGCUGUGUUUAUGGGAAUGCCUUCAAAUGAGGCUAUACAAGCGGCAGUCCAAGAAGGGUGGACAUAUGAUUCAGCAACUAAGUAUAUUAAACCUAAAAAGCUAGUACCUGCCAAGGAUCCAGAACUUUUAAGUGAGCAGCAGUUGUCAGUACUAACAGACUAUGUAUCAUUCUUAGAGGCAUGACAAGAGUAUCUGUGAUACCUUUGUAAUUGGUGCAUGCUUACGUAUAUGUUGUUCCACAAGGCAUCAAAGUAUCUCUCUGAACAGAGAACAUGCUUUGAUGGGAGAUAUAGUAGAAUAUACAGCAUGUAAAAUUAUAAAAUGUAGUCACUGCAUAGAUGUACUGGUAGGUAUUCAGUGACAAGUAAUUUUAAAUUCCCUUAAAGUAAGGGAAAGUCUGAAAGUAAUUAAAUCUUUGGUUUAACAUUUAUUAAUGUCUAGAUACGUUGCAUACUUAUAUCUUUAUUUCAUUCAUUUUAUUUUGUUGAAAGUUUGUUUGAAUUUCAGUCAGAUUUGAAUAAACCUUGUCAAAACA